AUGACAGCAGAUCGUCCAUCGGAUUCGACAGCGGGGGCAGCAGAGGCGGCCAGCGACCUGGGCUACCUGCUGGCGCCCCUCCAUUGGACGGCCAUUAUGAGGCACCCGCGCAGCGUCGCCGGCUCAGCUCUCCUCUUCCGGCUGUGUACCCUCGUCUUGGCGGCCAUCUCCCUGUCCUUCUUCUGCUCCGAGAUCGCCGUGGUUUGCCGCCAAGGAACCGCGGACCUGGACGUCUUCACGCUGACGCUCAGCGUCUCGGACACCACCGGUACCUGGCUCGUCCGCCUGGUGCACAUCGCAAUCCGUGAGCACGACUUCCACCGGCUCGCUCUUCAGGUGGGCCAGGACUUCGCGGAGUUCCUGACUGCGGACGACGUGCCGGUGCUGAUGGACCAGGGCCGCGCCGCUCGCCGCUUCACGCUCACCUACAUCUGGUUCGGCAUAGCCGCCUCCGCCUACUGGCUGGUCUCCCCCGUCAGCCCGGAGGGCCUGCCCUUCAUCCUCGCUCUGCCCUACGACGCGACGACGCCCUUGGGCUACGCCGUCUCGUGGCUCUACUGUACGAUAGUCACCGUGCACGUCGUCGUGAUGACCAUGGUGUUCGACGCCUUCAACUGUGUGCCUUUGGUGCUGUGCGUUGACAGGAACGCAGACUUGCUGGAGCGCUGCCUUGGCGGGAUGUUGCUUGGCCAGAGCCUCUCCAUAGGUGCCGUCGCCUGCUUCCAGAUGUUCCAGGUCGCCAUGAGUGCAGACGGUCUGCAACAGAUUGGAAAAUUUGGCUGCUACUUGUUUGCCAUGCUGGCGGAGCUCUUCAUAUACUGCUGGUUCGGGGACGACCUAAUUACAGAAAGCGAGAAUCUGGCCCUGGCGGCGUACGAUGCUGUGACGUCACUGCAGGGAUGCCCCCUCUCCAUCAAGAAGUCGCUGCUGCUGAUCAUGCACCGAGCGCAGAGACCUCUGCGGAUCACUGCUGGAGGGUUCUUCCCCCUCUCCAGGGAGUCCUUUGUGGCGACUGAAAUGCCAUCUGUUGAAGAUCGUUUAGGGUAA